AGUUUCUAUAAGUACCAAAGCAAAAUGCAAAUUGUAAAGCAUCUAGCUACUGGUUUUUCUUGUAUAUUGCAUUUCAAGGAGCAUCAUUAUUAUCUCCUCCAUUAUUAACUUCAUUAAGAUGGCUGUUGAAUAUUAUGAUUUUGGACCUUACAAGAUUCAUCAUAGUUCAGUGUUUCAUACAACUGAUCUUUCUUUUGCCUUUGUCAACCUGCGUCCUGUUGUCCCUGGUCAUGUUCUUGUCUGUCCAAAGCGCGAAGUGAAGCGAGUUGCAGAUCUCACUGACGAUGAGAACAUUGAUUUAUGGCGCAUAACUCAGAAACUUGGCAGGCAACUUGAGAGCUACCAUAAUUCAUCAUCACUAACAUUUUGUAUCCAAGAUGGACCCCAUGCUGGCCAAUCAGUUCCUCAUGUUCAUAUCCACAUCCUUCCUCGGAAAAGUGGCGAUUUCGAGAACAAUGAUGACAUUUAUGAAGAGAUAAAUGAAAAGGAAAAGGAGUUGAAACGGAAGCUAGAGGUGGAUAUAGAGAGGAAAGAUAGGAGCCUUGAAGAAAUGGCACAAGAGGCAGAUGAAUAUAGAAAAUUUGUCCUUUGACACUUUGUAAGUGCCACAAGAAAAGAUGUGAAGAGUUAUUAAAUCUAGAUGAAAAUAAUAUUGAUAUAAUAAUAAUAAAGGAACAAAGUCAUUUGGAUUUACAAGUUUCCUAUUGCAUGGAAGUCUCCACUCUCAAGCUCAAGAAAUUCGAAAAUGAGUGUAUUUUAUGUUAGCUUUGGUAUUGCUCUUAGAGGGAUGAAACCAAAGAAAAGCUAUAUAGAAAUAAUACUAGUUUAUUUUUUCCCUUUAUUAUGUUUUUUUGACUAACGACAUUUAUGAGAGUGUCUUAAUAA